AUGCAACAGAUUACUCCCAUCCUGACUUCUCUCUCCAGACAUAGACAUUUCGUCAUAUCCUGUGAAUCCCCGAUCAGACCUCACAAGAGGAGUACAAACAGGCGCUGGCAAAAAGCCAAACAGUACGUUCCCAAGACGUUCACUAAGUUCCAUCAUGAAAAUGAUUACCUACCUUUGUGGGCCAACAAGCCGUACUAUUUGCGUUUGAGUAGGUUGAAAUUGAGGAGAUUACGAUGUGAAGGUCUCAUGGACCAGCUUAGGAGAGAUCUUUCCAAUACAAGCAGUGAUUCCCUCUCCAACAAUUACUUCAGUGAGCCACGAGACUAUUCAUUUUCCCAGCAACAACAACUUCAGCUAGAUCAUCAGCAUCAACAACAGAUCCAAGAACUACGGAGGUGCCAGUAUCAAGAAUAUCUUCAACUACAACAACAGCAACAACUUCAGCUCGAACAAUACAAGCAAGAGAGAUUUCAGCAGCAUCAUCAGGAGACACUAGUAUCUCUCUCGCCAUCACUUUAUGAUAGCGAGCCCAUGGAUAUUGACGAGGAGUAUUUUUGUAAUAUCCAGAGUCCGGUGUCAGUUACAAUUAAUGUUUCGCAAAUAUCGUCCACUCCAGCUGUAUUUAACAAUGAGCAGUACAAUCGGGAUCAAGAAAAUCUUACCCCUCUUGAAGUUUCUGAUUGCUCCGACAUCGACGAUAUCGAAUGUGAGUCGAUUUCAACUGACAUGGAGCAUGAACAAGACCUUGACCUAAUUGAGGCAAAUUUCGAAGUGAUCCAAUCAAACAACGAGCAAGACUCCGACAUGGACGGCUUUACAGAUUUCGAGGCGGACGUUGACGAUGACGAGUUAAACUGCGAACUUGUGGCUCUUCUGCUUUCAUGA